GUCUCGUCGUGGGUCUUUAACGUGGCAUCAGCUGUACACAAAGAUGGCCGCUGAGGAACUUCAGUCUGCGAAGUUGCUGAAUGUUUUUGUGGAAAUGUUGAACUUUUUGUUUCUUUAAAUGUUGGAAAUUAGUGCGUUUUUACAGGCGGCUUCCACCAAAUACGAUAUAACUGCAGAAUGGCUUCGUGGGCUGGAUUUUCAGACGAAGAACUGCGGAGGAUUCAGCUGAAAGGCGAGCCGAGUGAGGCUGCUGUCCGCGCUGCUCUGGGUCGAGGUCGGAGAUCUGCUCCCACUAACCGGAGCAGGCAGCAGCUGCAGCGGGAGAGAGCCCUGCAGGUGGCCGCUAAGCAGAAUGAUGGCAGUGGCUCUCCUCUGUCUCCUGACCAGCAGCUCAAGCCUUCUUCUCCUCCUCCGUCCAGUCCCAGCCACAUGAGUCCGAACAAACCAAGAACCGAAGAGCCGAAGCUGUCUGAACCGGAGACAGUGAAACACGAGAUGGAGCCACAACCAGAGGAUCCGCCUGCAGUGGUCAAGGAGCUGGAUAAAGUGGAAGUGGAACUACGAGAGAAGACCCGUCUAGAGCAGCUUCAGUGGGAGCAGCGGGUGAUGGAAGAGAAGAAUAAAAGGAGGAAAGCCCUCCUGGCUAAGACCAUCGCUGAAAAGUCUAAGCAGACACAGGCAGAAGCUGUGAAGCUGAAGAAGAUUCAGAAGGAGCUCCAGGCUCUGGAUGAUUCAGUGUCAAAUGACAUCGCUAUUCUCAGGAGGCUGAUAGAGCAAGCCAGCCUGGAGUAUUCAAUAGCAUGGAAGCGCUUGGAGAAGGCUGAGGCCGAAUACGUGGCAGCAAAGCUGGAUCUGCACAAGAAGACCGAGGUGAAGGAGCAGCUCACAGAGCACCUCAGUGCUAUCAUUCAGCAGAAUGAGCUGCGCAAAGCCCGCAAGCUGGAUGAGCUGAUGCUGCAGCUGGAGCUCAACGCAGAAGAGGAGGCGGUCACAGAAAGCCACGCCCACCAGGCUGCACAGGAGGGGGACGUAGAGAAGGAAAAGGAGGAGAGCGAGAGCCUCCCUCAGCCAGCUGCGGUGAACGGGCCCGCAGUGGAAAGUGAUGAGAAAACACAGAUGGAUAGCAUAGAUAUUAGCAAGGACGGUGCCACGACGGUGCCAAAAACGAGCCAAGAUCAGGAGAGGGAACUGCUUACAGCAACCGCAGAGGGCAAAAGUUAGCCCCCACCUUCCCACCCUUUACUCCGUAGUUUGUGGGCUGUUUGGCUGUUAAAGGAACGCUCCAGAGUUUUUCAACCUAAUCUCUAUUUGCCACAUCAGUAACUUGGUAAAUUACUAUGGGCAGUCAUUUCGACAUGUUUUCCUGUACUUGGUAAAAGAACGAAAACAACCACUGACUUUAAGCACCUGCUUCUAUUAUAAGUUUGCUUUCGGCAGGUUUUUCGGUUCUUUUCCUUUCUGUGUCGUAAUUGUCAGUGGUCAUUAGCUGUGUGCAGCGGAUAAACAUUAGGUUGAAAAUGCUGGAGUCUUUCUUUAAAACGGCCUGACUUUUUAUUCUGUUGAUUUUGUAUUAUGAAUAUAUUGGCACUACUUUUUGAGGCCAGCUUAAUGAAUGAACGUUUUGCACAAGCUGAUUACCAGAAGAUGGUAGAGAAAUUAUUUAUGACGGAAAACAGUAGAUCAAACUUUUCGGGGUGCUGCUUUAUUAUCUUAAGGCAGUGAUGGAGUGACUAUUGUAAUAGAGCCUUCAUUUAAUGUAACAAUUUUUUUUCCUAUGAGUUAUCAAUGUUAACACGAUCAAUGCUUUUAACUCUAUACUUUACACUUAGUACUUUAUACUUGGAUCUUUACAGUUCAAGCUCUUUGUAUACGUUGGUUAUCUACAUAUUGUCGCUGUCCAAAGAAAACCAUCUAUUUCCAUUUUUGUUGUUUUUUUAUUUUUCUACAUCAUUUCAACACACCAGCUGGCCUUUGCGUUGUAUACUAAUUUCGUGAUGAAUGGACCAAUAGAAAUGCUUCAAAAUCACUUGGAAGAAAAUUUCUGUACAUUAACUUACAUUGAAAGUUAAGACUUUUUUUGCCUUCUCCUGUAAAGUUACAAUUUUGGAGAUAUUUGUUUUUCUUUGGUCAGCGAUGAUAUACUUUUGAACUCUUUUUGUACUGUUUUUGGUGGGUGGUUCAUUUUAACACUCCUCUCUGUGGGAAUGGUGUCCUUUGAAAGAACUGUUCAUUAAUUGUAACACUAUUUUUGGGCUUUUUUCAGCACCGUUAUAACUUUUCGUAAAAUGUGACAUUUUUGAAAGUAGCUUCUGGCUUAAUGCUCUGGCUGUGUUGAGUCGUGCACACCAGCUGCUUGAUCAGCAAACCAAAGGCAGUGUUUAGACUGCAGACAGAACAGAGUAAUCUACAAAUGACAGCAUGAAAUACCCCAAAGCAACUGCGUCCAAAUCGAUAACAGCAGUUUUUAUUAUGCGAGGCUGAUUCUUCUUAAGAUGAAAGCAGCUAUUUUUCUAUUAGGAAAGAAAAAGGAGCUGAACAGUGGAGAGAAGCUGUAUGGCACGUUUAUGUGCUGCUUCCCUGUCUAUAAGUGGUGGGUUUUUUUUUUUUCCACCCCCUCUUUAUGAAUUAUUCAGAAAAGUAAACUCUCAGUCGAGUCGCUCCUGAAGGGCAGUGCGCUCACAAAAUGGUAAGGCGAUAUCUUCUAAUUUAUGGAGGUUAUUCACCCUGUUUCCACCCUGCUGUCAGCUCGUGACUGGUCAGCCCGAGUGCUGUGGACUGAUGUUAAAAUGUUCACUCGCAGUUUUGACAGAAGGUCAGAGCUUUGGGUGUUUUUAAGGUUUAAUUAAAGCAGUGAGAGGCCUGAGUGAUUCAGUAGCUGAUUGGAGGUGCUGUUGAUGGCGACGCUUUCAUACUGUUUUCUACGUGUGUCGAGUGAAUAAUUACACUUUCGUGCUUUUACACAGUUUAUUCCUUUUCUAUGCAGUCUGCUUUAUAUACGGAUGUUAUAUUUAUAUUUGUCAAAUUUUAAAAUAAACUUGAUUGAAAAUUA